CCUCUGCUAACUCAAGCGGAAAUGAAGGAAAUGAACAGUUCUUUGUUUCACUACAUGCUUGAUAGGCAUUUCCUGUGUUUAGUUUCGGUACUUUGAAGUGUAUUCAAGUAUGAGAGUUGUUCAUCUGCUGUGUCAAAAAUUUGAUUAAACAUUACACAAUUAUCUCCUUAAAUGAGUAAAAAAAGGCAUAAGCUAUGCAUGGUGUCAGACUUUUUUUAUCCUAACACUGGUGGAGUUGAAAGUCAUAUUUACCAGCUUUCCCAGUGUUUACUUAAUAAAGGACACAAAGUAAUAGUGAUUACUCAUGCAUAUGGAAAUCGGAAAGGAAUACGCUACCUAACUGGAGGUCUAAAGGUAUACUACAUACCAGUAUGGGUUGUAUAUAACCAAUGCACUUUCCCUACUCUGUUUACUACAUUUCCUUUGAUAAGAUAUAUUCUUGUCAGAGAAAACAUAUCUAUUGUCCAUGGACAUUCUGCAUUUUCAGCAUUGGCUCACGAGGCCAUGUUCCAUGCAAAGACGAUGGGCCUUAAAACAGUUUUUACAGAUCACUCAUUAUUUGGGUUUGCUGAUGCCAGUGCAAUUAUUACAAAUAAACUUCUUCAGAUGACCCUUUCUGUGUGCAAUCAUGUAAUAUGUGUUUCUCAUACUGGGAAAGAAAAUACGGCUUUGAGGGCAAAUGUUAGACCAGAUUUAAUAUCAGUGAUUCCAAAUGCUGUUGAUACUGCAAUUUUCAAGCCUGAUUUAUCUAAAAGUGCCAGUAAUAAAAGUUA